AUGCUAGAUCUGCACUUGAAAGAGCAAAGACAGAAAGAGUGUCGAAUGAAGAUUCAUAUAUUACAUGCUUGGGCUCAGGCUGGGAAAUUAUAUGAUACUGGAAUUAAAAAUAGUUGUCCUAUUGGACGUAAUCCUGCCAAACACUUUCAACAUGUUCCGUAUGAAAAAGGAAAAGGCCCUCUACCACGAAUUGCUUAUCUUUUGUCUGUGCAUGGGAGAGCUGUACGCCAAUUGCAACGUUUAUUUAAAACUAUAUAUCACUCUGAUCACUUUUAUAUUAUUCAUGUUGAUGCAAGAUCGGACUAUCUUCAUCGUGAGGGUGAAAUGAUGGGUGACUAUCCUAAUGUGUACAUUCCAAAAUGGCAGAUGGCUAGUAUAUGGGGUGGAGCAUCAUUAUUGCAAGUACUGUUAAGAGUUCUAGAAGAUUUGGAAUAUAGUUUAACACAUUGGAAAUGGACUUCUUUCAUUAAUCUCAGUGAAUCUGACUAUCCUUUAAAGACAAAUGAUGAACUAGUACAAUUUCUACGUGUUCAUCAACAUUCUAAUUUUGUUAAAACUCACGGAGGAGACAUCAACAAAUUCAUUCAAAAACAAGGUCUCGAUAGGACCUUUGUGGAGUGUGAGAAUCACAUGUGGCGUGUUGGUGAUCGUCCUUUACCAUCAGAUAUUACUAUUGAUGGUGGAAGUGACUGGAGCAUCAAUAGGAAUUAUAGCCGCUAUCUUGUUACUAAUCAAGACCCAUUCUUGAAGGGAUUGAAACGAUAUUAUGAGUAUUCCUUAUUACCUGCUGAGUCAUUUUUCCAUACUGUACUUCGUAAUGGGCCCCUCUGUAACACUCUAGUGCGUACUAACUUACGAAUUACCAACUGGAAUAGGAAGUUAGGUUGUCGUUGUCAGUAUAAACAUGUUGUUGAUUGGUGUGGAUGUUCACCAAAUGAUUUUUUACCCAAAGACAUAGGAAGAUUGAAAGUAAGACACUUUUUUUUUGGACGCAAAUUUGAAGCUAUAGUCAAUCAGCAAGUCAUUUAUGAAUUACACACUCACUUAUAUGGAGCAUAUGCUGACGAUGUAUUACACCUGUUGUCAAAGAAGUUAAUGUCUAUUACAAAGAUGAUCAUUUUGUUGGCUAUCUUUUCAAGUAUCCAAAUUCUGAUCAUAAAAGCUGAUUCAAUUGUCUUUGAAGCUCUUUUUAUUCCCACAUCUCAUUCUGAAGACAAGGAAUCUCAAGGCAUAGCAAAUAGAGUAACAGCUUUGGAAGUUGGCUCAGAUUGGGAUGGAUUAAAGAAAGUAUUUUUUAGAAAUUAUGGUGGUAUUUAG